AUGCGACCGCCGCCGUCGCGCACUCCCUCGCGCGCCCAAACCGCUACUCCCAGCCUGACCGGAAGGCCCUCGGAGAUGCCACCAUCGCCAGCACAAUCAGUCCAGGGCGGAAAGAGAAAAGAGCGCGAUUUUGACCAUCAAGACCAGGAUCAUGAGACGAACAUCAACGUAGUUGUGCGCUGUAGAGGCCGCAAUGACCGUGAGCUGCGCGAAAACAGUGGUGUUGUUGUCUCCACAGAAGGUGUCAAGGGCAAGAAGGUUGAACUUUCCAUGGGUCCCAGCGCUCUCAGCAACAAGACAUAUCAGUUCGACAAGGUCUUCUCACCAGCUGCUGAUCAGGCCAUGCUCUUUGACGACGUCGUCGAGCCCAUUCUAGACGAGGUCCUCGGUGGCUUCAACUGCACCAUCUUCGCAUAUGGCCAAACAGGUACUGGAAAAACGUACACCAUGUCCGGCGACAUUACCGAUAUGCAGCCUCUACCAGACUCUGCUGGUAUCAUCCCCAGAGUCCUGUACUCUCUAUUCAACAAGCUUGGAGAGGACAACGAGAGCUCUGUCAAGUGCUCAUUCAUCGAACUUUACAACGAGGAGCUGCGCGACCUACUAUCCACUGAGGACCACGCCAAGUUGAAGAUUUACGACGACAACAGCAAGAAGGGCCAAACAACCACUUUGGUCCAGGGUAUGGAGGAAUCACACAUCAAGACUGCGUCAAAAGGCCUCGAGCUUCUUAGGAGUGGCAGUCAUAAGCGCCAGGUUGCCGCGACAAAAUGCAACGACCUCAGUUCCCGCAGUCAUACCGUCUUCACAAUUACCGUAUACAUGAAGCGUACAACAGAAACUGGCGAGGAUUUUGUCAGCGCUGGAAAGCUCAAUUUGGUCGAUCUGGCUGGAAGUGAGAACAUCCAACGCAGUGGUGCCGAGAACAAGCGCGCUGCUGAGGCUGGUCUCAUCAACAAGAGUUUACUCACCCUCGGUCGCGUUAUCAACGCCCUCGUUGAGAAGAGCUCUCACAUUCCCUACAGAGAGUCCAAGCUUACUCGUCUUUUGCAAGACUCCCUUGGAGGCCGUACCAAAACUUGCAUCAUCGCUACUCUGUCUCCGGCGAAGAGCAACUUGGAGGAGACAAUUUCGACUCUCGACUACGCUUUCCGUGCAAAGAACAUCCGCAACAAGCCCCAGAUCAACCAGAUGGUUACCAAGAAGACUCUGCUCAAAGAAUUCACAAUGGAGAUCGAGAAGUUGAAGAGCGAACUCAUUGCAACCCGCCAGCGCAACGGUGUCUAUCUUACUCAGGAGGCUUACGAGGAAAUCACCGUCGAGAGUGAGUCGAGGCGUAUUCUCUGUGAUGAGCAAAAAGACAAGAUCGAGACCAUGGAGACAAACUUGCGUAAUAAAGUUCAAGAACUGUUCAGUCUGACCACGAAUUUCAAUGGCUUGCGAAAGGAGAACGAGCAGGCGAAACUGAUGCUGGACGGAACUAAAAGCCUUCUCGAGAAGACCGAAGUUGUGCUUACUCACACAAGACGCAGUUUGACCGAGGAGACAUUUAUCAGAAAGGCCCAUCAAAAGACAGAAUCCAAACUUGCAGGUAUUGGAGAAGACUUGUUAGCAACCCUUUCUUCCACAACGUCAGAUAUCUCUGGCCUCCACUCAAAAAUACAACGCAAGGCAGAUCUGCACUCACUCAACCGCAACAACUGGACUUCGACAAAAACUAGAGUGACAGGUGCGACGAGCACCGUCGAGGACAGAGUCGAAACUCUCAGACAACGCCAGGAACAGCUCCUUACGUCCAUGUCAACGAGAAUGCAAGGCUUCGUUUCGGAUGAGCUGCAAGAGCUGCAACAAUCUCAGAGAUUCUUGCAAGAGAAGGCCGAGGCAUUCCAGAGGUCCGAGAAAGAAGUCAACAUUCAAACCGCAAAAGCUAGAGACGAUGUCAAUGAGGUACUCGAGGAGAUCAAGACCCUCCGCGAGGACGUGAAGCAGAAUGUCGGAAACGGAUUGAACGACCUUUCCGCAGCUGCCCAGCGGAUUACUGCUGGUAUCUCUACUGAGCUAGAGAACUUCCACACCCAGCUCCAUGCAUCCUAUGUUUCGCUGGGACGAGAGUUCAAGUCCAUUUUCGACGAUGUUGUUAAGCAACUGAGCGAGCAGCAGGCAGAGUCUGAAAGAUUGCGACAGCAGAUUCUGACCGCUAACUCGACAUUCAUGGAAGCAGGCCAGGAGUCUCGCCAAACUUUCGAGGAAGCCAUGGAAGAAGAGCGUCGUCGUGCUGCCUCCGAUCGUGAGAAGAUGCUGUCCCAAAUCAGCUCUCUCAUCACCUCCUCCGCCGAAGCCCAGGAGCGUAGAAUCACCGAGCACAUUGCGCACGCAUCCAAGCGUGUUAAGACUUCCGAGGAUGACUACAGUGUGGCUCGCGAGACUUACAAUGAGAGCUCUGAUGCACUGGUCGCCAAGUCCAAGUCAUUGAUUGACUCUUGUGUUCGUUCGCGUGAGAACGUGAAGUCAAAGAUCAAGGGAGACUGGACCGCAGCCAACGACCAAACCGAGAAGAUCAAGGCCACCACGGAGGUUGUCCAUGGCGAGACCGUCCGCAUCGUCGACACACAAAUGUCCAAUAUGGAUACUCAACUCAUAUCUCUCGACGAAAUUGUAUCUCGCAUUCGUGCACAAAACGAUACUCAUCACACCGCACAUACGGCCUCUCUGGCUCAACUUUCAAGCGACGCCCAGCAAUCGUACUCGAACAUCGGGACACACAUGGAGACAUCAUACACACGCACGCAAGGACUCGAUGCCGAUAUGCAAACUCGCACCGCAGACCUUGCCUCCACGCUUCCUGAGCUUAGCUCUUCUGGUGAGAUUGUCCAGACGUUGCAUACUCUCCGUGACGAGACAAAUGCUUCCGAGCUUACCGAAUACGUUCCCACUGGUCAAACUCCUGCAAAGACUGCUUACAGCUAUCCCACCGCCUUGCCACGAACCGCCAACCAUGAAUCUUUGCUUGAUCGCCUACGAAACGGCAGUUCCAUGAUCGAAGAGAGUCCGAUCAAAGAGUCUCAAAUCCGCAGCAGCCCCAAAAAGCGAGACGGACAUUCACCUUCGAAGGCAGUCAUCUAUACCGACAGUCCUGUCACCAAUGGCAAUCUUGAUCAAUCGAGCGAUGCUGUAGUCAACGGUGAUGCCGCUCGCAACCGUCCUCACAGCCUGCCUGGACAGGGUGGAUUACGCGAGAUUGAUGUCAACGUCAACGCAGCUUCACUGCCCGAGCAACCAGAAUCCAGGAUUGGCAUGCUCAAAAGAAACAACACCAUGCCUCAACUCGACGCCAAUGCCAAAAUCGAUAGCAAGUUGCCUAUGAAGCGACCCACUCGUAUGACGGCUGGUUUGGUGGCCGAAGGGAGGGAGAAUGUCGGUGCUGCUGGCGGUCCAGGCAGAAGACUGAGACCUCGUGGUAGUGACUGA